AUGGAUCGCAUUGAGACUGUCGAUGACUCGGCUUCCCAGGAGGGCCAACCCGGAGCAGCACCGGCGCCUCCUGAAUCCUCUGCAUCACGUCCACCGCUCGGCACUCUACGCCCGCGAGCCCCUUCAAACCGAACGCGUCGCCCGAGUAUUCGCCUCUCCCGCCUAUCGUCCUAUUCGUCCUUGGAUACCGUCAACACCCAAUCUCAGGCCCAACCCGAGCAAGCGCCAGUGGCGGUAGUCAGCCGGCAACCAUCUGACCAGUCCAAUGUGCCCACAGAGGACGCUGAUGAUGGAUGGCAGGGCCGUCGGCGCAGCAACUCGGAGCCACGGCCGGGACGAUGGUCGUCGCCUCCCCCGGAUGUUCUCACGCGGGUGACGACCCCUAUGCGGAUGAUGCCCCUGACCGAAGAAUCGUCGCUCCAGAGUCCGGUUGCAAAUACUCCUCCAGGAUUACCCCUCGAGGAGCAGGAAAAUGCUACUCUGCAACUGCCUCCGGCCGUUGUCCCACGGCCAGAGAACCAUCGAGGUAUUCUGCGCCGCACCAGUCAAGCGGCUUUGAAUCGGUUCUCACGGAACCGCGCGUCAACUGUGACAGGGGCGAUGCCAACACUAUCCCGAGAGGCUUCUCGACGUACGGGCGAAUAUGGACCUCAUGUUGUUGAUGUACUGGACGUGAUUGACCCGGAGGUGUCGGCUCUGUCCACCCUCACCAAUGUUCAGAAUUCGCUAUUCGUGCCGAACUUGGGUAGUUUUGUCAACCGCAUGCCCACCUAUACUAUUUCGCGACCUCCGCCCUCCUCCGAUGAAGAGCAGGGGACUACCACUGAUGAAGCUGAGCUCUCGGAAGAUGCCAAGAAAGAACGGCCGCGCAUUGAGCAGUUGCGUCCAUUCACGAGUAUGUCCUCCGUCGUGUCGGGUCCCCGGUUUGCUGUGCUCCCUGAGGGACACGAUCUGGAGGGGUGGACGAAGGAAGAUUUCGCCGAACUGAACGAUCACGUCCGGCACAUGCUUCACUCUCGCCGAUCCAAAUUCAGACGAGCCAUGAAGGGGUUCAGUCAAUAUGUGCGCAAACCACUGGGAUUUCUUGUGACUCUCUACGCGACCCUCAUUACCCUCUUCGGUCUUGCGUGGGUACUUUUCUUGAUCGGCUGGAUCAACGUUGGCGGCAAAGAGGACUAUGUUAUCAACAUUAUCGAUAACAUCUUGGUCGGCUUGUUUGCCAUCAUGGGUGACGGACUAGCUCCUUUCCGAGCCGUGGAUACAUACCAUAUGAUUUUCAUCGCCCAUUACACGCACCUGACAUGGAAAAUCCGUCGCAAGCGAAGCCUCCCCGACCUGAAGAACAAAAACGACCUCCCAGCGCAGCGGGAGAUGGAUAUCGAUAUCGAAUUCGGCGACACCCCCAAGGAAGACGAAUAUGAGUUCUCGGUGCUCGACCAGCGCCAACAGCUGCGACUGAUCCACCACCAAAACAAGUUCUCCAAAUCGCACACCUUCUACAAGCCCCACGAGACAGUGACUCACCACGCAUUCCCACUGCGGAUGCUCGUCGCUAUUGUCGUCAUCCUUGACUUCCAUUCGAUCCUGCAGAUUGCGCUCGGCGUGUGCACCUGGAGCAUGGAACCGCCCAGAUAUCGACCCUUCGCCCUGACCACUGUUAUUCUCUGCUGCUCCAUCACCUGCAACAUCACAGGCGGCGUGCUAAUCAUGCUCGGUGACCGACGGUCUCGGAAAAAGGAUGUCGUCGAGCGCCUCUUCCGCCAGCAACUGACCGAGGAAGCCAUGAAGAAGAUGGAGAAGCGGAAGGUCAAGGAAGAGCGCCGCAGUGCUCAGCUCGAGCGCAUACAACCGUAUGACGGGACGUAA